AUGGUAGAUCGAAUUUUAAUUGGUUUCAAGAUUUCUGUUUUAGAGGCUGAAAUCAAAGUAGCUCAAUGGAAGUGCUCUCAACUUGUAGAUACUAUUAAAUGUAUAGAAGAUGAGUUAGCAAUUUUGUUACCAAGUCACGUGUUUUGUAAUUGUAAAUUAAUCAACAAAAUUAGGAAAUCAGAUGGUCGUAUUAAAGCUUCUAAGAUCAUAGUGAAUAAUAACGACAGUAAAAAAGUAGUAUAUAAUUACUCUGAGGUAAACUCGCCGGAUUAUGUAUCUAGUGUUGUGAGUCUUUCGCCGAAGUUUGGAGUGGAACUGGAUAGAACAGAGGUUCCCAUUCCAACGAUCAUCAAAGAUCUCGAGUUUGGUGUUUCAUGGAUUAAGGUCCAGGGUGCUGAUGCUAAAGAAUUAGAAAGAGUCAAGAACAAUGUGAGAUCGAGUGCACUGAAUUCUAUCAAGAACCUUUAUAACAGUGGAGGGAAGAGUUCGAAAUAUCGGGCAAAUGUUUGCUUGAAAAAAGAUCCGAUGAAUACUAAAAAGUUUUUGUCGGAGCAUAAAGAUCUGUUAAUUAUGCGCGCUGAUAAAGGUGGUGCAACUGUUCUAAUAAAUGAGACUGAUUAUAAGAAUACCACGACUGAGUUGGUGAAUGAUCCAGUGGUGUAUAAGAAGGUGAAGUCAGACCCGACGAACAAAUAUCAAGAUCUUAUCCACAGGUCUGUUAAGAAGAUGGUCAAUGAUGGAAUUAUUGAUAAACUCGAGGCGAAAUCAUUUAGUACUCGAAAUGCGGUACCUCCUAGACUAUAUGGUCUUCGAAAAGUACACAAAACUGGGUGCAAGAUGCGACCGGUGGUGAGUUGGAUUCAAACACCGUGCUACAAAUUGGCGUCAUUUUUGCAUUUGAUUCUAGUUCCUGUUGUUGACACGUUUUCUUUUAAUGUAAGAAAUUCAACUGAAUUGGUUGAAUUAUUAGAAAAGACGAGAUUACCUGAUAAUUAUAUUUUGGUGUCGUUGGAUGUGGUAUCUUUGUUUACAACCAUCCCGAACGAGUUAGUAUCAGCUACUAUUGAAGAGUACUGGGAAGACUUCAAGAAUAUGGCGAAGGUUCCUAAAGAGACACUAAUUGAAUUGGUUAAUAUAUGUUUCAGUACGAGUUAUUUUACUUCUUACAAUGACAUCUUGUACAAUUGGAUGGGUCUGCUAUGGAGAAUCCGGUGA